AUGGCGACUCAAAUCUCCGUGGACCCGAGUGUCAGUUCGGCCAACACUCUCAAGCUUGAAAAUACGCAUAAUCGCGACGUCCUGAUUGCCAUCGAAAAGAAAUACCAAAAUGAAUGGCAGAAGAACAAAGUAUUCGAGGUGGAUGCUCCCACCACCGCCGAGAUUCCGUUCGACUCUAUCCCGGCCGCAGACAUUCGAGCCAAGCACCCCAAAUACUUUGGCACCUUCGCAUACCCUUACAUGAACGGCUCGUUACAUGCGGGACAUAGCUUUACAAUCAGCAAAGUCGAAUUCACCACGGGCUUUCAUCGCCUCAUCGGCAAGCGUGCUUUGUUCCCUCUCGGCUUCCACUGUACUGGAAUGCCAAUCAAGGCGUGCGCAGACAAGCUUGUGGAGGACGUGAAGAGAUUCGGCAAGAAUUUCGAGAACUACCAUGAGGAGGUUGAGGAAGAGGCUCUAGAGUCGAAUAGCGUUCCCGUUGCGCCAACCCAGGGGGCCAAUGUAAAGGACGACAUCACAAAGUUCAAAAGCAAGAAAGGCAAACAGGCCGCAAAGACAGUCAAGACCAACUACCAGUUCCAGACGAUGCUGGCGAUGGGAAUCCCAAAAGAGGAAAUCCACAAGUUUGCCGACGCCAACUAUUGGCUCGAGUACUUUCCUCCUCUGUGCGAACAGGAUCUGAUCGACUUUGGAGCUCGGAUAGACUGGAGGAGAAAGUUCGUCACGACCGACGCCAACCCUUUCUAUGAUGCAUUUGUGCGGUGGCAGAUGAAUCGCCUGCAUGAGUCGAACAAGAUCUUGUACGGAAAGAGAUACACUAUUUACAGCCCUAAAGACGGCCAGCCAUGCAUGGACCACGACCGAACGAAGGGCGAAGGAGUCGGGCCAACCGAAUACACCGCUAUCAAGUUGAAGGUCAAGGAGUGGUCGCCAGAGGCCGCGAAGGAGGUCAAGUCGAGAAUCCCAGAGGACGCAAGUGUCUACUUCGUUCCAGCAACAUUAAGGCCGGAAACCAUGUACGGACAAACGUGUUGUUUCCUCGGACCCAAGAUCCAGUACGGUAUCUUCAAGGUUUCAGACAAGGAAUAUUUCGUCGUCACCAAGAGGGCCGCGUGGAACAUGGCUUUCCAAGGCAAGUUUUUCGACCAAGACCACUUCCCCCGCGAUCAGAGCGAGUUGCAGCCUGUCGUGGAAUUACCAGGGUCUGCAUUCGUGGGUACCCUGGUAAAUGCACCGCUGUCGGUGCACAGUGAGGGUGUUCGGAUCUUACCUAUGGAGACAGUCUCGGCGACGAAAGGCACCGGUGUUGUCACCUGUGUUCCUUCAGACAGUCCCGACGAUUAUGCCACUGUGAGAGACCUGGCCAAAAAGGCCGAGUUCUAUGGCAUCCAGAAAGAAUGGGCUGAACUGGAGAUCGUCCCGCUCAUCGAGACGCCUGCGUAUGGCAAUCUUGCUGCCAAAUACCUGGUCGAGUCGAUGAAGAUUCAGUCGCCCAAAGACACCACUUUGCUAGCGGAAGCCAAGGAUCUUGCCUACAAGGAAGGAUUCUAUAAUGGCACGAUGUUAGUCGGCGACUUUAAGGGCGACAAGGUCUCGGAGGCCAAGGAGAAGGUGAGGAGCUCACUGAUCAAAUCCGGCGAUGCUUUCCCCUUUGCGGACCCGUCGGCCGAGGUCAUCAGUCGAAGCGCGGACGAAUGUGUGGUCGCUUAUGUUCCCCAAUGGUUCCUGAAUUACGGACACAACGACAAGGAAUGGCAGCAGACCGUGCUGAACUAUGUCAAGGAUAAGAACGGCCUUGAAACAUACGCACAGGAGACCGAAAACCAGUUCGUCGCGAACUUGGAAUGGCUCAAUCAAUGGGCGUGUGCCAGAACCUAUGGUCUGGGUUCGAAGUUACCUUGGGAUCCUCAGUUUUUGGUGGAAAGUUUGAGCGACAGUACCAUCUAUAUGUCGUACUACACUAUCGCUCAUUUCUUGCAUGGCGACAAAUUCGGCAAGACGCCUGGGUUGUUGAACAUCACGCCUGAACAGAUGACCGAUGAUGUAUGGGACUACAUCUUCACCCGCACGAACAAUGUCGAGAGCGUUUCGCAGUCCUCUAAAAUCCCCGUUGAAGAUCUGCAAACCUUGAGACGGUCUUUCGAGUAUUGGUAUCCUCUCGACCUGAGAUCCUCGGGGAAGGAUCUCAUCCCCAAUCACCUCACCUUCUUCCUUUACGUUCACACUGCUCUAUUUCCACGAGAAUACUGGCCCAAGUCUGUCCGAGCGAACGGCCACUUAUUGCUCAACGGCGAUAAGAUGAGCAAGUCUACAGGCAACUUCUUGACCUUAAGUCAGGCGGUAAAGAAGUUCGGCGCCGACGCUACUCGGAUAGCCCUUGCUGAUGCUGGAGAUGGCAUGGAGGAUGCCAACUUUGAAGAGAAGAGUGCCAAUGCUGCAAUCAUGCGGAUGUAUACCUUGAAAGAAUGGAUUGAGGAUACCUUGAAAGACACGAGUCUCCGCGAGACUGAGGGCGAAGUCGUCUGGGACGAAUUGUUUGCCGACGAGAUGAAUUUGCUGGUGCAUGAGGCGUACCAGCAUUACUCUGAUACGGACUACAAACUCGCCCUGAAAUCUGCCCUGUACGACUUCCAAUCCGCCCGCGACUUCUACCGUGAAGCUUGCCUCUCAAGCGGCACGCCCUUGUCCCGUCCACUCAUCCGGCGGUACGUGGAGCUGCAGGCACUGGUCAUUGCCACCGUCGCCCCCCACUGGGCCGAACACAUGUGGCUUGAAGUGCUUCACAAACCGCAAUCCAUCCAAUUUGCGCGGUGGCCAGAAGUCCCCGCCUCCGAUCCUUCUCUCACAGCUGUGCGAGAAUAUGUCAAGGGCACGUCCAGUAACAUCACCUCAGCCGAAGCUCAAGCCGCCAAGAAAAUGGCCAAGGGCAAAGCGGCGGCGUUUGAUCCGCGCAAACCAAAACGCAUCACCAUCUUCGUGGCCACCAGCUUCCCCGAAUGGCAGGACAAAUACGUCGACCUUGUGCGCGAGUCGUUUGAGAAAGCCACCUUGAACGACGACAAAGCGCUGAACGGCCAAGUGGCCAAGAUAGGCAAGGGCCCUGAAAUGAAGAAGGCCAUGCCGUUUGUGCAGACGCUCAAGAAACGACUGGUCGUCAACAAGGAGAGUCCUGAGGCCGUCUUUGGCCGCAAACUACCCUUUGACGAAGUCAAGAUCUUGAAUGAGAUGAAGAAGAGUCUGAAGAAGACCACGGGCUGCACCGAUGUCGUGAUUGUCACGGUCGGCGAGGAAAAGGCUGGCCUGGCUUCGCGAGCGGAACAGGCUGUGCCGGGCUCGCCGGCCUUCUUGUUUGAGAACAUUGACACUGACGCAUAG